AUGGGUGUACCAGCUGGUAACUCUGAAAAUGGAAAGAAAAUCUUUGUCCAAAGAUGUGCCCAAUGCCACACUGUUGAGGCUGGUGGUAAACACAAAGUAGGACCCAACCUUCAUGGAUUCUACGGACGCAAAACUGGCCAAGCUCCAGGAUUCUCAUACUCAGAUGCCAACAAGGCUAAAGGCAUUACCUGGAGCGACGACACUCUCUUUGAAUACUUGGAAAACCCCAAGAAAUACAUCCCUGGAACUAAGAUGGUCUUCGCUGGUUUAAAGAAAGCCAAUGAGCGCGCAGAUCUAAUUGCUUAUCUCAAGGAUGCAACAAAGUAA